CAGUGCUGUCAACUUAAAACAUUGAAGAGCUGCUUAAAGACAAAUACAGGCUAAAGGGAUAAACCUAAGUUAGUAGUAGUAAAAGACUGUAAGGCAAUAUGCAGGCUUUUAGUAACUGCGGUUUGUGUGCUAGUGGGAGUCUUCUUAAAGGCCGGACCGACUUUCUGGUCGCCAGGAGAAACAUGGCAGUCCUGCGACUGAGUGCUGCAUGCGUUCAGCCUCUCAAGGACAAGGCUAACGUUUUCUGCAGAAGCCCCGUUCAUCAGCGUCUCCUGCGCCUGCCGGAGGUUGGCCGAUCCAAUAGAGUCGCGUUCAGUCUCGGCAGCAGCCUCUGUGCGGUUCCUUUCACACAGCAGGUUGGAAAUCUUUCACAUGAAUCCCUGAUUCGUCGGGCCUCAUGUUUGGUCACAGACAGUGCCAACACUUACCUCUCUCAGACCACACUGGCUCUUGUGGAUGCCCUCACUCAAUAUGCCAAGGCUCUACAUACACUCAUUGCCCUUCAGAAGCGAUACAUAACCUCAAUAGGAAAACUGACCCCUGCUGAAGAGGACAGCAUUUGGCAGGUGAUCAUUGGCCAGCGAGUGGAGGUUAGUGAUAGAUUGGAAGAAUCCAAACGUUUUGAUUCAAACUGGAUGAAUGCCAUCAACAUCUGUGAGUUGUCAGCAGAAGCAGCCUACAAUUCAGGAGCAGAGCAUGCAUGCACAGCAACAAAGACUAAUCUGCAGGUGGCACAGUGCAAGGUGGAAGAGCUUAGAAAGAUCUCAAAAGGAGCAGAGAAAAAACUGGCCGAAACGAAAGCAGAAGAAAUCCAGAGAAUGGCUGAGUAUGUCUCCAGCAUUGAUAUUAAUGAUCUGGAAGAUAUUCCAGAGGCCUACCUUCGUGAAGACUAGAAAAACUACUAUGUGUUCGUGACAUUGGUAUUCUGUAGCCAGCAGUGAAUCACUCAAUGAGUAUGACUGAAUCAAGAAUGCACCUUGACAUGAAUUUGCAAUCAGUAUUGGUAUUGGAAUAACCAAUGAAGGCCUCACUGAAUUGAUAUGGUUGAUGUUUAUAACGAUAGAGCAGAUAAAAGUCCC